GGCAGCUCGGCAAGCGGAAAUUGACAGCCGGAUAUAACAGUCUUUUUAACAGUUUGCAAUUGUCAAUUGGAAAGCAAUUCUUAGUCUUUUCUUAUUUAUAAAUUAGUUUAGUAAGCUUAUUUGUAAUCGUUAACAAUUCUGAGACGAAAUGGCCCUCAAAUUUUCCGGUGAUAUCAACUCUCCUGCCAACCUGACCACUCUUGACAAGUUCCUUGCCAAUAAAAGUUACAUUGAAGGCUACACUCCAUCACAGUCCGAUGUCGUUUUAGCUGGAGCUUUAUCAGCCAACAAAGUCUCUGGUGAUCAAUACGUUAACGUUGCUCGUUGGUUUCGCCACAUAUCUUCCUAUUCAGCAGCUGAGAAGAAGGCUUUCCCCGGCGUCAAGAAAACUUUAGCUGACUUUGGUGCUGAAGCUGCAGCUGAUGAUGAUGAUGACCUUGAUCUGUUCGGAGAGGAGGAAGAUGCUGAGGCCAAUAAAGUUCGUGAAGAACGUCUCAAAGCUUAUGCUGAAAAGAAAGCUAAGAAACCAGCCGUUAUUGCCAAAUCGAAUGUUAUCCUCGAUGUAAAACCAUGGGAUGAUGAAACAGAUAUGAAAGCUUUGGAGGAAGCAGUACGGAGCAUUCAAGCUGAUGGUAUGGUUUGGGGUAUAUCUAAGCUACAACCUGUUGCAUUUGGAGUCAAGAAACUUCAAAUUGUUUGUGUUGUGGAAGAUGAUAAAGUUUCCAUUGAUUGGUUGACUGAAGAAAUUGAAAAAUUCGAAGAUUUUGUUCAAUCAGUUGAUGUCGCUGCCUUCCAGAAAAUUUAAUCAUAAUGAGUCUUUGUUAGAAUUUUAAUAAAGUCUGUUUAUAACGGAA